UUUUUAAAAUAGCCUUUAGCUUAUCAUGUAUGUCUCAUGCUUGCAAUGUUGAAUAUAUUCACCUAAAUACUGAAUUUUCUGCUUUUAGUGCUUUUACUUCUCAAGGCUUUGCUAUUUGCAAUAAAAAAUAUGAAAUCAGUUAGUUAAAAAAACUGGAAUGAAUAAAACGUAUUGGGUUAAAAUGUGAACUUAAGAAAAUAAUACGGACGUUACUGUCCAAUUAGUGUUGGACAAAACUUACGUAAAAUUAUUGAGUUUUUUAACCCAAUGGGCAAUUUUUACCAUUUUAAUGGCUCAAGCCAGAGCUUAAACGUAAAACUAAUAAAUAGGGCAUUUCCGUACAUAUUUUUCAACUUUAAUCUAGUUACUUAUAUCACAUUAUAGACAAUGAAUUAAUGAAAAUCGAAUAAGGUAUUUUAUUAAUCUGAUCUGAAACAGGCACCACACUUUUACCAGUUCUUAUCAUAAUCUCCUAGUGGCAUACUUUCGAGGAAUUCAGUAGCUUUGAAAUAAUGUUGUCCAGUUUUAGCAGCUUUUAAAUACCUAAGUGAACAGCCGGCUUAAAAUAUAAUUUGCGCAUUUUUGAAUUCCUGCUUGCCUUUACGUACUAUUAAUUUUGGCAUUAGUAAAAUCUUGAUUGCUUAUUGUGAAUUGAGUCGAAUAUUUGAACAAUGCAUCAUACUCGAAAUAAUCAGUCAAGACUGCCUAUAGCAAGUCUGUAUAAACUUGUAUAAUCCUGCAAAAAAACUUGAUUUCAGAGAUACAGAGAAAUAUAUUUUGCACGAAUAUUUAAAAAAAUAUAUUAUCGAUUCAUCAUAAUCUAGUUUUUACUGAUUAAGUCUAAAAUAGGGGUCAACCAUCAGCCAUAAGAACUAGUUACGAACAAAACUCAUCCAGGACCUGACAUCAUCAAAAGAAAAAGUAUUCUGGGAUUGGCAAAAAGUUCAUUUCUGAAGAUGUUUUUUUUCAAACUCUUACACUUGACGAUUGUUAUCUGUUACAUUUACUGAAAUCGAACGAUCUUUUUCAAGCUCUGAUACCAAAGACUUAAUUUUCCAAUGUCAAGUUUAAAAUGCCUCAGUGUGCUGUAGUGGGUUGCAAUAACACCCAUCGAAGGACUAAAGGAGGAUCGGUAAAGUACCAUCGAUUUCCAGGGGAUUCGGUUAUUCGCCAUCAAUGGUUGAAAGCGUGUGGAAAAAGCGUAAAUAACUGUGCAACUGCUCGGAUAUGCUCCAGACAUUUUAGUGAGGCAUCAUACGAACGGGACGUGCAACAUGAAAUUUUGGGUUUGCCAACACGAUCUCGCCUAAAACGCGGUGCUCUUCCAGAUCAGAAUCUUCCAAACGACUUUCUAAACGAGGAGGCACAACCGGAAAGUGCUAUAGAUAUUUUAUUAGCAGUGGGUCUUGUACCGGCAAACAAAAGUAAUAGUAAUAACGGAGGACUUCCAGAAGAUCUCAAUAAAAUGCAGAUCAUGGAAGACGUAAGGGAGGGAUGCGAUACAAACCCUCCCUCUUCGCCUGGCCAUGCUGAGCAAGGGGAAGACAGUAGUCCACUACAGGAAAUUAAAAAGGAUGCAACUCUAUCAAAUGGCUUAGUAAAAGCGGAUAUCAAAAGCGAAAUAGAACUUUCAGAAGUAAUCAAACAGGAGCAAUUUGAGAAGCGAAGUAACGAUGAAAUGAACGAUAAAGAAGAGGAAAACAGUAGCCACAGUAUCAACUCAGAGAACAAUGAAAAGCGUAAACUGGAUCAGGAACAUACCUCAAUCAAAAGACUCAAAACCGAACCAGAAGACAGUUUCAUUGCACGAGAUAAAAUUAUAGUUGAAUUCAUGGAAUUAGCUGAAUGCAAUAACCUGGACCAGAUACAAAAUUUGAGCGAUCAAAUAUUUUCGGAAAUUAAGGCCCUUAACGACUUAGCCCGAGACAAGGAAAGAGAAUGGAAUCAACUUCUACACAUGAAAAAAUUAAAAGAAGAGCUUCUGAUAAGACUGCAACGAAAAAGACAGGUGUUGAUAAUAAACGACAGCGAUCUUAAUGACUUCCAACCAGAAAACAAUGGACAGCAAAGUCUGUUGAAGUGCAAUCAAAAAGUAAACAUGUUAAGAGAGCUCCGAGCAGCUAAUAUUGAAAAACUCAAACAAAGAAACAUGUUGCAAUCGACUUACAAACAGAAACCCAUGUUGGAUGUUCAGUCUAUUAUAGCUGAUUACAGGCAAAGACACCCGGAAACAGUACCCAGAAGAGGUAGGCGAAUAAGAAAUUCACAAAGUCACGGUAAAACCAGUAUUUUGGGCUUUUCAGGUGGUAGUCUAACUAUUGGACAAUCAUCAGGAAUGGAUAACCACGAAUCAGGGUUAUCCGGUUCAUUAAAUGGAAGUCAAGAGGAUUCGCGCUCCUCACUCUUGAAUUCCUGCUAUCGACAAUGUGAUGAGAUUAAAUCUUACAAAGAUGUUUUGCUUCAGUUUGCCAAACUGUCGCAAUCUGAAAAGUCAGAACUACAAAAUCAGAUGCAUAACAUAAAGCCUCCACCGCCAUAUCCGGAGGUAACCGUACAUCCAGUUACCAGUACUAGUUCGGUGACGCCCUCCAACUCUCUGCUACAUGGCAUUUUAACCAAGGCGCCUGUGAAGCAAAAUCAUUCAAAUGGAAAUAGCAAUACUCCAGUUAAUGGAAAAUCGUCAUUCAGCCCCACCUUGGCUCGGUUGCUUACCGCUCCAGAAAAAGCAGCAAUCCAAUCCUCAACCUCCAAUAUGCUGGGAGGAAGUUUACUGAAUGCCUCAAAUAUGUCAAUUUCGGACAUCUUUUCUGGAAGCAAGGUACGAAAUGAAAUUACAAUUACACCAUUGGGAGGUCAGUUUGAAACGGAAACAAAAAGAGAAUUGAUAGAUGAAGAUGAGCAAACCGAUCGGCUUGUAAUCGACGAAGCCCUCGAUAACUCAAGCACGCGAAUCAAGGAAGAUAACAGAUCAGAAGAUGGUGAAGAAGUUCCACAAUGCCAAGGUUGUAAUCAGCAACCAGCCCAAUUUGUUUGUGCUGGAUGCGGAAAUCAGUGGUACUGUAGUCGCGAUUGCCAGGCGGGAAGAAUUGGUGUUUUUGGCGGAAGCAUAGAAUUUACAGGAGCGCCCUACUUUUCUUCAAUUGCAGCAUUAAAAGUGGGGGCCGACUUGAGUUAUGUUUUUACCAUAAAAGACGCCGCAUUUGUAAUAAAAUCUUACAGUCCCGAAUUGAUGGUGUUGCCAUUUUUAGAUGAUCCAGAUGCAAUUAAAAAGAUCAACCCUUGGAUUGAUCGAUUGCAUGUAGCAUUGUUGGGUCCUGGACUAGGUCGGUUAGAAGCAACUCAAAAAGUUUUUGAGGAAAUUAUUGACCUGUGCAGGAUUAAAAACAUCCCCUUACUAAUCGAUGCUGAUGGCUUGUUUUUUAUCGCUCAAAACCCAGACAUCAUAAAAGACUAUCCUAGGCCUGUUAUUCUAACACCCAACAAAAUGGAAUUUAGAAGAAUAGUGGGUGAAAGCGUAAACGGCCUAUUGCCUAAAGUAGACCAAGCUAAACAAUUCUUGGAAAGAGUUGGACCAAAUGUUACCAUAUUUUGCAAGGACGCUGUGGAUGAAAUCGUUACAUUAGGGAAAAGUAUUCAGAUAAGUGGAGGUGGUUCCGGUAGAAGGUGUGGAGGUCAAGGCGAUAUGUUGGGAGGAACCAUGUCAACGUUUUUAGUUUGGGCUUUAGAAAAAAACUGGCAACCAGCGGUUGCAUGUUACGCUGCAAGCAAAUUAACCAGAGACUGCAAUUCAAAAGGUUUUGCUAAAUACGGUAGAAGUAUGGUGGUUACCGAUAUGAUCCAUGAACUACCCGGCGUAUUUAGAGAGAAUUUCGAGCUCAAGGAAUAAGCUAACAUUUUACCAUUAAAAGAAACAUGGCCUGAUUAAGAAAAAAAUAUUUGCAUUACUAAAGUUGCUGUUUAGUCAAAGCAUUUUAAAGCAAUAUAUUUUGUUAUAAUUGAA